AUGUCAACGGCUAAUAACACAAAACGAUCCACUACCCUGCCUACAUCCAGGAAGGAUUUACACGCCUUGCAGUCUCUCAAACGCAUUGAUGAGAAUGAGGACACUAGCAGUCUGAGUCAUCUGCAUGAUCGGGCUGACAAUAUCCAAAGCAACAGUGACCAGCGCCACCCGCUUAAUACCGGCCACGGCUCCUUCCAAGCGGCAGAACUUCACAGCAAGUACCCCCACCUUAAUGUGAACAAGUCUCACUCGGCAGAAUCGAUACCUGCCAACAGAGGUCGUUUUCCGGUGAAGGUGGGUAGUUGUGACAGCGCUCGUGUGGAUGGGCAUACUUGGCCCAAAUACCAACCAUUCUGGGAGUCUGAUCAAGCUGGCCUUUCCAUCAUUGCACAUGACAAUUCAAUUGAUCAUAAAAUCGUGGCGAUAAAGAAGGCAAAGCAACAAGCCAACAAAAAGCAGCGUAGCCAGCUGCAUAGCGUCAAGCAUGACAAUAUUGUCCAGCUUCUGGAUGUGUUUUCAACAGACUCCUCGCUUUAUUUGGUAUAUGAGUCACUUGAAAUCUCCUUACACAAUGUCCAGGCGGCUUGUCGGGGAGAGCUUAAUGAAGUAGAGAUGUCAAUUGUUGGCAAAGAGGUACUGGGGGGGCUUAAUUACAUUCACAAUGAACUCGGCCUUGCCCACGAACAUGUGGAUUCCAAGAACAUUCUUCUCUCCUACAACACAUGCCGCAUAAAGCUAGGGGCUUUGUUGGUUGAUCUGAAGGAGCCUGGAACGAGCGGCCGCAAUCCCGGAACCUUGCAGCUGGCAAGACCCCAGGACGUCAGUGAUCUGUGUAAUGAAUUUAUCCAACAGUCUGCAACAUUAAGUGCAGAGGCACUCCUGAAAGAGUUGGCCGCAUGA